AUGGUCGCGGCAUACGCGGACGACAUCUACAUCGCCGGGCUUGCUGCCAACCUCGAGGCCUCGUGCGACGUCUUGGCUGCCGAGCUCGCCAGGGUGGGCUUGCGGCGCGCCCCGGAGAAGACGAAAUUCUGGCUGGCCUCGCCCGAGGCCGCACAGACACUCCCGGACGCGCUGCAUCACGCCGCGGUGCUCGACCUCCCGGCGUUGGGCUGCACACUCUACCACCACGACCGCGCAGACGACUUGGCGGCAGGGUUUGGCACUUCCGAGCAGGGGAUGCAGAAGGUUGCCGGAGCUAUUCUGCGGUACGUCACGGUCGGAGCCCCCCAGCACCUGCUCCGUUCGCGCCUCUUGAGCGAACAAGCACUCGCGGCCUACGACGGCGCCGUCGCGGACGCGUGGGCCGAGCUAAUCGAUGUCGACCUGGCCCCGGAGCAGAUCGCGAUCGGAAGCUUGCCGCUUCGCUAUGGCGGCGGCGCUUUUGGGUUGGCCACGCCGCGGGCGUCUGCUGCCUUCCACGCAGGAUGGCGCCAACACCUCUGGCGACAAUGCGCCGGGGCCCCCCUGUACACAGAGCAGGGCUUGCGCUCAGCUUGCCCCGGGCUCGCGGCGGAGCUGCAGAAGGCGAGAGUUCAUUUGGCGGCCUGUGCGCCCGCGCUGGUCGGCGACGCGAAACUGGACUUCACUGCCGAACCCCACAAGCACAUGCAGAAGAUGAUCAUGGACGCCUUGGCCCCCCACGCGCGCGAGACCAUCCUCAACGGCGUCCAGGUGCCUUUCCGGGCGCGGCUGCGGCAAGCAGGCGGCGCCAGAGCAGGCAGCUUCACGUGCGUGCCCCAGCCCGGCAACCAGGUCAUCUCGGAUGAAGCCUGGCGCAUGGCUCUGCGCAGGCGCCGAAUCUGUUUUCGCAAAUAG